CCGAAAACGAGAGUUCCUGCCGGAUCUAAAUGUAUAAACCAAUCAUAUUAAAGAAUUUUACAACAGUUACUUUUUCUACUGAACGCAACCUUCAGUGUCACACUGAAAGGAAGACGAGGAGGGAUGAUCUAUCAUAACAAACUUUACGUGUAUCUUUUUCUACUUCAAUUUGCAAGGUGGAACGCAAAGAAAAUCACAUGUGAUCGCGAUAUGAGCUUCCUUUCAAGUUCGUCGUGAGGUAUUUUUGUGCGAGACAAAGAGGAUAGAUUAUAUAUAAGGACGCGAGACGUUCUUGAAAAUGAUUAAUAUCUUAUCUAGAUUAGAAUUUCGGGCAUGACUCGGCGAAGCGCCUGAGAUGCGAACAACGCGCGCCGGCGUCGCGGACGAACAAACAGGUGGGCGCUGAUAAAGGCGCGCGUAGAAUCGAACGGCGGUGAAGUUUAAUGUCUGGCAGCUGGCAGUCCGGUCGGCGGAAGAGAAAGCGGGGCGCGCGAGGGAGAUGUGAAUAUACAUUCGCGCGCGCGAGGAAAACGCGCGGCGAGAAAAUUCUUUCGUGGAAGGUGGUGGCGAACGCGACGUGCGAACGGAUCAACAAUGAGCGCCGAGCUGGAAUUUGCGGAGAAGAGGCGUCGUUCGCGCACGGAGGUCGACAAAUCGCUCUAUCUGCUCUUCGAGGAUAUAUCGUAUAGCGUACAGCGAGGGAUUCUGACCAAAGAGAGAAGAGAAUUAUUGCGAGACCUUAAUGGCGAUUUUCGACCCGGUGAACUCACAGCUAUUAUGGGUCUUUCGGGCGCUGGAAAAUCCACGCUAAUGGAUAUAUUGGCAGGUUUCACAACAACUUCAGUCACCGGAAAGAUUCUGUUGAACGAACGAGAAAGAGAUAUGUCGGAAUUUCGAAAAUUGUCCGCCUAUAUAAUGCAAAACGACAAUCUACAAUCGUUUUUAACGGUGCAAGAAGCAAUGUUUGUCGCUGCCGAUCUCAAACUUAGAUUGAACCGAUGUCAGAAAUUGCAGAAGAUUGACGAAAUAUUAACAGUGAUGGGUCUCGAUGUGUCUCGUUACACGCUUACCGGCAACCUUAGUGGAGGUCAAAGAAAAAGACUUGCCAUCGCGCUUGAAUUGAUCAAUAAUCCGCCAGUCAUGUUUCUCGAUGAACCUACGAGUGGUUUAGAUAGCGUUACUUCAAAGCAAUGCUUAGCACUUUUGAAGCAAUUAGCGCAAGAGGGACGGACUAUAAUUUGCACGAUUCAUCAACCGAGCGCGACGCUCUUCAAUAUGAUAGAUCAUCUUUACGUAGUUGCUGAUGGAAAUUGCGUUUACACAGGCAGCACACACAAUUUGGUACCAUAUUUAAGUAGUCUAGGAUUACACUGUCCAACACAUUAUAAUCCUAUUGAUUUCUUGAUGGAAAUAUGCAAUGGAGAUUAUGGUUCUCACAUAUCCAAGUUAGUGGAAUCGAUCGAGAAUGGUAAAAGUAAUGUAUGGAGGUCAGCGAAAACUUUUUACUUAAACAAAGAAAUUAUUGUCCCUCAACAAAUCACUCCUAUAAGAUUAUAUUCUUUCGAAACGGAAUUCAAACAGACACCGCAUUAUGCCGCUAGUUCUUGGAAACAACUUUGCGUUCUUGUCAAGAGAAACGCAAUUAGAUUAAUUCGCGAUAGGGUCUUAUCAAUCUCACGGAUCUCAAUGCACUUAGUAAUCGCUCUACUUACUGGCAUUUUAUACUUCAAAAUCGGUCAGGAUGCCGCUUACGCUUUAGAUAAUUUUAAUCUGUUGUUUUUCAACAUUAUGUUUCUCAUGUACAACGCAUUUAGCGCUACAAUGAUCUCAUUUCCUUUGGAAUUACCGAUACUUAUGCGCGAGCAUUUCAAUCGUUGGUACAAACUACGAACGUACUAUCUAGCGAAUAAAUUGGCUGAUUUUCUCGUUCAAUUUAUUGCCACGUUCAUUUAUACCAUCGUAAUAUAUUACAUGAGCGAUCAGCUUCCCGAAAGCAGAAGACUUGUAUUAUAUAUGCUCAUGUGUUUUGUCAUUAGUCUGGUCGGUCAAGCGGCCGGGCUUAUCGUAGGAUCUGGUUUAAAAGUUCAGAAUAGCGUAAUUUUUGGACCUUUUGCGAUUAUGCCGUUCUUGAUUCUUACUGGUUUUUUCGUGCGAUUGAAAGAUGCACAUCCCUACUUACAUUGGCUAUUUCACAUCUCCUUUCUGAAAUAUGGUUUUGAAGGAGUCAUGGUAGCAAUUUAUGGCUACGAUCGAGCAAAAUUGAAGUGUUCAGCGGAUUACUGUCAUUUCGCUAUCCCCGAAAAGUUUCUUACGGAAUUGGAUAUGAAGCACGUAAAUUACUGGUACAAUAUUACAGUACUGAUCCUGAUGUGUAUUAUUUUGGAUAUUGUGGCAUAUAUUAUAUUGAAUAUAAGAGUUAAGAAACGCAUAUAAUAAUACAAUGUGAUUUAGGGAAAAAUUUUGUAAGCAUUGCAAAUACGUGUGGCGGGCUAUUUGUGAAUAAAAGGUCCCAAGAGAGUACUUGGUAAAACUAACUUAUCUUUUGUCGAAUCUAGGCAAUUAUAUUAUAUUUAUGUAAUAUAAAUGAAUAUAUAUUGUAAUAUGCAUGCAUGCAAAAAAAGUUAUAAUUAUUACAGCUGACAAACGAAUAAUAUGUGUACAUAUUUGGUUUGUUAAAUUCAAUUGUAAUAUAUUAUCGUGCUAAUCACGAUUUAUUUCACGAUCGAUAUAAUUUCUGUCCAACUUUAAUAUAAAAUUUCAUUAAUCAAAAUAUAUAUUUAUAUCUCAAAGCAAAUAGAAUUGAAGACCCGCCAUCAUAUAAUAUGUUGUUUUUUUUUUUAAUGUAAUUAAGAAGACAAAUUGUGAGCUAACAUUGUGAGUUAAAUUUAUAUUGACAAAACAGUAAAAAAGUGUUCUUUUAGAAAAACAUUGAAUUUUAUGUUGUGUCAUAAUACAAACUUCAUAUAUACAUAUAAUAUAUAUUAUGUAAGAAUAUAUAUAAGAAUAUAUAUAAGAAUAAAUAUAAGAUUU